UCCCUGAUUCAGAUGCAUUUCUCCAUGAUCAUAGAGCUACAAGGAUGUAGAAAAUUUGAUGGAUUUUCAAAUUUAAAUUUGGACGUGUUAUGAUUUGCUUUGCUAAGAAAGGAAAAACAAGAAAGAGAGAAGAGGGUGUAAACUGAAACCCUGUGAAGAUGAGAUUGACGAUGGCGGCACAAGCAGAAUGGAUGUUCAGAGCGUUGAGGAGUGGUCGGCGGCACUUGUCGGCGGGAAGGCAGCUGGAGGAGAAAUGGCUUACGCUGCCUCCCGUGGCGGCGACUGCCACCGUGGAGGUGAAUGGAAAGAGAAAGGGAAAGGGAAACCAACUCUCCUCCACUUCCACCACCGCGCUGAAAUGGAUUGUUCGCUGCUGCCCAAACCUCCCCAUAUCCCUUCUGCACAAGCUUUUCCGUCUGAGACAAGUUCGACUUCUCUCUCCCCCUCACAUGGACAUGCAACAGCAAACACUCAAAAGGGUGGCAGCUAAGUACACCUUGAACGCUGGAGAUCGGAUUUUACUGCCUCAAUCUGUUCAACAAAAACCAACGCCUACGCACAAACCUCAUUCUCCUCUCACUCCCCAACAAAUCAACUUCAUCCGCAAAUUUGUUAUAUUCAAGGAUCCUGCCAUUCUCGUCCUCAACAAACCUCCGGGAAUGCCUGUGCAGGGUGGCAUUAAUAUCAAACACAGUUUAGAUGCGGUAGCUGCUGCAUGUUUAAAUUAUGAAUACUCUGAACCCCCUCGUCUGGUGCAUAGACUAGACAGAGACUGUUCUGGCCUACUGGUGAUGGGAAGAACACAGACAAGUACCACAGUUCUGCAUUCCAUCUUUCGGGAGAAAACAUCUAGGGCAUUAGAUGAUAUUGGCGAAGAGAAGAGAAUACUACAAAGAAGGUAUUGGGCACUUGUCCUUGGAUGUCCUAGACGUUCAAAGGGGUUGGUCACUGCUUCACUGGGUAAGGUGGUAGUUGACAAUGGGAAAUCUGAUCGAAUAACUGUAGUUGACAAUUCUGCAUCAUUGUCAUCACAGCAUGCAAUUACAGAGUACCGAGUGAUUGCAUCAUCAUCACAAGGUUACACAUGGUUGGAGUUGUCCCCUUUAACUGGUAGAAAACACCAGCUUCGAGUGCACUGUGCCGAGGUGUUAGGUACACCGAUAGUUGGGGACUACAAGUAUGGAUGGCAGGCUCACAGGCAGUGGGGAGGUUUUGAUUUGUCUAAUGUGGAGGACUCAUGUGAAGAGCUUUUCAAGGAAGAAACACUCCCCUUUGGCCUUAAUUUGAACAAUGGGAGCAUCUCUGAGAACCAUCCUCGUUUACAUCUUCAUUGCAAGCAAAUAGUCUUACCCAAUAUAUCUCAGGCACUGCAAAAUGUGCAAUCAUUUUCCAAUUGUGAUCUUUCACAAGUGGAACGGCUUGAAUUGGUCGCGGAUUUGCCUCUAUACAUGCAAAGAAGUUGGGAUGUCACAAAUUGUUGAGUUAAUGGUCUAUCUUUCUCAGCCUUUCUAAAUUAUAGUUCACUCGAUUUUUACAACGCAAAUUCUUCCGCUCGGGUUUCCUCAGAAUUCACCAGAUGUUGGUUUGAGCUUGUUGUCACACCAUUUGGAAUUUCAUUUUUCCUAACCAUAAAGCUAUGCUGACUCUGUCAUGCUACAGUGCUACUCUACAUAGCAGUGUCAUUGAAUUAAAUUCAGGUCAGUUGAUUCACAGGAAUUUAAACCAGUGAAAGAGAGAAUCAUCUGCCACUUUGUAAC